AUGGCUGCGCUACGUAGGCUGCAGGAGGUGCCGCGGCACUUGCUGGUGUGUGAGAAGUCCAACUUUAACCACCAUAAGUCACGCCACCGGCAUCUUGUGGAAACACAUUAUCAUAAUUACAGGGUUUCAUUUCUGAUUCCUGAAUGUGGGAUACUAUCAAAAGAGCUUAAAAGCCUUGUUAUGGAAACUGGACCUUUUUACUCUGUGAAGAAUUUACCUCUUCAUGAAUUCAUUUCGCCCGAAUUCCUCAGCACCUUUGUAAGAAAAGGUGCGUGCUAUGCACUGACAUACAAUACAAAUAUUGAUGAAGAUAAUACUGUUGCUCUACUACCCAACGGUAAAUUAGUUUUAUCACUGGAUAAAGACACUUAUGAAGAGACUGGACUUCAAGGUCAUCCAUCUCAAUAUUCUGGCAGAAAAAUUAUGAAAUUUAUUGUUUCCAUUGACUUGAUGGAUUUUUCCCUUAACCCGGAUUCCAAGAGCUAUAAAAGAACAUGUUGGUCCUUGAAAGAAAAGAAACCAUUGAAAUUUGAUUUUCUUUUGGCCUGGCAUUCAGCAGGUGCAGAAGAAUCAACGAUGAUGUCAUAUUUUUCUAGUUACCAAAUUAAAGAGCACCAGCCUUGCGUAGCCCAGAGUGUGCUGGCAGAUCUGCAGUGCCCAGUGCUUCACAGCCACACACUCCAGGGCCAGCCCGAGGUGGCCUGCAGCUCCCAGGAGCUCUUCGACUGGCUGGGAGCCGUCUUCAGUCACGUCAACCUGAGUAAUGAGUCUAAUAAUUUUGUAUCAACCUAUUGCUGUCCUCAGCCAAAUGCAUUGGUGACAAAAGCUUAUUUAUGUACAAUCACUGGUUUCCUACUUCCAGAGAAAAUCACUGUCUUACUGGAACAGCUGUGUCACUACUUUGACCAGCCUAAGUUAGCUCCUUGGAUUUCCUUGUGUGUUCAAGGCUUUGCAGACAGCCCUGUUUCUUGGAAAGAACAAGAACAUGGUUUUCAAAAAGGAGGAGAACAUUUAUACAACUUUGUGAUUUUUAAUAAUCAAGACUAUUGGCUUCAGAUGGCUGUUGGGGCAAAUGAUAACUGUCCACCAUAA